AUAGUUAUCACUAACGUCACGAAUUAGUACACCUUUGGUAAACACGUUCCACGAGCUCGGACGUGUAUGCAUGCGCAUAUAUAUAUAUUUCGUCUUCCUUGUUCUUCUUCGUGUUCUUUCAACUUUCACGUGUUAAGAGUUGAAUUCUUGAUCAGCGGGAAGGAAAAAAAGCCGUAUAUAUACUCUCUUUUUUGUGCCUCUUUCUUUCUUCUUAUGAAUUAAUUUGAUUAAGAGCUAUCUAUCUUAGCUAAUAGAAAGCUGCUUCAACGUUGUGUGGGGAUUUUUUUUUUUUUUUUCCCCUCCUAUGAAUUUAGAUUAGAUCAUAAUGGAGAAUUGGACUGGAGUCAAGCUCAUGCAGAAAAGGAUCGUCGGUUGCCUUAUUUUCAUCGCUUUGUUCUGCACUUUCGCAGAAUCACUAAGCGAACCGGUGACUCCCGGUGGAGCUGAGAUUCAGAAGGUACUGGGGAGGAAGAACUUUGAGGAGGAAGAUUAUUAUGGGAUUGGAGAGAGGAGGAAGCUGUUGGAGAGGGCAGCGGGUUCAUCACCGCCGAGAUGUGAAACCAAGUGCGGGGAAUGCACGCCUUGUGAGCUAUCCUGGGUCCAGAUUCCACCCCCACCCGGGUUCAACCGGUUGAUGACCGAGUAUUACCCUGAACACUGGAAGUGCAGUUGCGGUGGCAAGAUUUACAAAGCUUCUUGACGUACGGAUAUGGAUGGAAGGAUGGAUGGAUGGAUGAAUGGGAUAUAAAUAUUAUGCGCUUCUUUAAUCAAUCAGGAUUAGGGAUUCAAUCUCUUGCUAGUAGCAUAUUAGUUCAUUUAUUAAUCUUCAUCGUUUAUGUCCAAUUCUCUCAAUAUGUGAACCUCUUACGUGUCUUCAUUUUGCAACUUAAUUUGGUGAUCAAGGAACGCUUUGCUCAAAGCAUGGCGACGAAAUCACAAGGUGUUUUAGGCAAUUAGUUAGUAUUAAUUGCAAAUUCAACAUUGCAUAUGCAAAAUGGCAAUGUGGAAUGCAUGCUAGGACUAAUUCAGUAAUCCCUCUAUUAAUUGUAUAUCUCUCAAUGUUCAAGUACAUGGAUAGAACAUGACAUCUCUUUCCUGUCUAAAAUUUUCUCGUAUUCUUUCAUCAAGAAAUGUGCACCAGAGUGAUGAACGCUCCAGAUGAGCCGAAGGAAUGAUCCAUACCAUGAUACUAGCUACCGCUACUACACUUUGAAUUAUUGCCAAGUAUGAACUAUGAAGUACAGAAUCCAACUGCUAGUGCUUUUUGUAAUUAAUUAACCAUUAGAAACUAACUUAUGUAAAAUACGAUUAUUCUGAAAUAAUUAUGUAAUGUAGAUUUUUAUUUGGUGUAAUUAUCAAAUUUUAAUACUCAAC